UGCUUACUGUGAUAGUCCCUCAGAUUCAUCAAACCCUCCUUGGGAUGCGUUUUCCUUUCCAUGGCCGUUUGGCAAACAGAUACUAAUAUUUAUAUUUGAAAAGAGAAAGUACACAGCUCCAAGCGGCAGUACUGUUCUUCGAUACUUUCGUCGCUUUGUUCUACUUCAGAUCUACAUCUGGCUCUCCAUUUUGACGGUUUCUCUACGUCCUCCGCACGAGAGGGAUUUUGUUGGCUGUUGAUUUCCAUUCAUUUCUCGGAAGUGGGCUGAUUUUGUUAAUCUGAGUCGGGGAGAUCGAUGCUUUGGGCGAUUCAAUCAAUGAUGGAGGACCUUAUGUUUGUUGGAUUGUUCGAUUAGAUGGUCAGUUUAGAUCUGCUGGGGAGGAACUCUAGGUGCUUGAUUUGCAAAUCGAAUAGAUAAAAAUUUGGUUUCCUAGCUUGUUUCUGAUAAGUUGGACUGAGUUGUAGUGUUGAAUUGAGUAGAAUACUCCUUGAAUCAGACUUAAUCGGCCACUGAUACACAGUUGAAUCACUUGUUAUUGCCAUGGAAACCCUUGUUUUGGCGCAGCACAGGAACCAAUACUACGGCAAGCCUGAGGCUCACUGUUCCGCUCGUUUUGGGUCAUCGUCUUCCAGGGACUUCAGGGGGAUCGUUAGGACUUUCCAUUCUGGAACAGGUAUCCUCCCAACCCCAUUCAGAUCUUACAGUUCACCUUUAACUGAACGGCCCCACCUCUCUUCCCCAAAAACACCGUCACAACCAGCCAAUUCAAACUCCGAUUGGAAAACCCACGGUAAAAUUACUCCCAAAAGCGCACCGAUUCCAAUUAAUGUCGGGGCUUGUGACAAAAUGAGAUCCUUCAGCGAUGAAAUUCCUGAUGGAAAUCUGUUGUUCUCAGAACUUUGGGCUGGCCCCACCUACUCAAAUUCGCCUCCACCGAGUUCUUUGCCAAUCCCUAAAUUUUCUGUGCGACCUAAGAGGACUGUGUCUCUUGAUCUACCUAGUUCCUCCCCCGAGAUUAAAAUGCACCCACUUGCUAAGUCUGCGCCUGCAUCCCCUGCCAGAGAGCAUUCCCCUUCUAUGAGAGACCUGUUUGGUAAUACUGAUUCUGCGACUAAGACUCUAUGUCGCAUUCUCAAUCUUAACAUAAAUGACGAUUAAGGCACGUCGUGCGCUGGGCUUAUGUAAAUAAAGUCUAGUUUGCAACUCCUUUGAUGUUAGAUAGAUGUAUAUAUAGAUCGAAUAAAACUUUUAGCCUGAGUCAGUUUGAGUUCAAUUGUUUAGCUUUCAGUGGUGGUGUUGGUGGUGGUGUCUUUGAUAAUUACGGUUGUGGUAGG